AUGUCGCGCUCCCGUAUACCGCCGAUCCUGCGUCCGCGCCUGACGCCCAAGUACGUCGCGUCUUCGAUAGCUGCCAUUUACGUCGUCUACUGCUGGCUGUGGGGAAUGCCUCUACUGUCUUCGAAGCUCCCUGCCUACACGGGGCCGCAUGCUGUUGGCACAAUCGACAUUGAGAGUCCAUGUGAUGGUCGAAAGACAAGCGAUGUCAAAUACAAGUCGACAGGCCAGCCUGCCUUUCUGCUUGAAACAGUCUUGUUCUCUGUAUACUACCCAGCCGUAAAGGGAGCUAAGUCCGACAAGCCAAACCAUCUCUGGGUGCCCAAACCGCUCGCAGUCACAGCAGAAGGUUACGCGAAAUUUGCUCACAUUAGCAACUUCCUUACGAACAGUCUUUUCACCGUCGCACUCUGGGGCAUAGCGGGCAGCACUACCAUUCCGGCAAAUGUUGAUGUCCCUCUACGAGAAACGGCGCCUAGCUUCGAGUUCACGGAUCAUGGAGAGGGUAAGCCAACGGAGGGCAACGAUGGUUUCCCUGUGAUUGUCUUCUCCCAUGGUAUGGCGAGUUCUCGUACAGACUACACACACUUUUGCGGUGAGCUUGCCAGUCGAGGAUAUAUCGUUGCUGCGAUUGAGCAUAGAGAUGGCAGUGGUCCCGGAAGCAUUAUCAUGAACGCAGGCGGGACAGAGAAGACAUUAUACCACUUUGGCCUUGACGACCUAGAUGUGGACCAGAGUUUCGGCAUACCCGAGCUCAAGCAAGCGCAACUGGAUUUCCGUCAGGCAGAAAUUGAGGAAACAGUCCGAGUCCUGCGAGCUAUCAACGAUGGUAGUGGCGCCACCAUAUUCGAGACAAACCCACGCAAGGAGGGUGAGCAUUUGGCCAGCUGGACUGGACAACUCGAUAUGACCAACGUCACUAUUUCAGGACACAGUUACGGUGCUACUGGUGCUCUGCAGGCUUUGAAGGGCGCACCUUGUAAAGAACGCCCUUUCCACGGUGGAAUCAUUCUCGACCCUGGCAAGUCAAGCGGUCCUCUCAACCACGAUGUCGAUGUGCCAGUCUUGGUCAUUCACUCCAACUCUUGGUCAAAGAAACGCUCCAUCUUCUUUGGUCAGCCUCACUUCAGCGUCGUCAAGGACCUCGUCCGACAGGUCAACAAGCGUGGAAUGGCUGGCUGGUUCAUGACUUCUUUGGGCACAUCGCACCCGUCAGUCACAGAUGCUCCCCUCAUCGAACCCACAUUAUUGAGUUGGACAACUGGAUCUAGUAUCGAUGUGAUUGAUGGUGUGAGAAUGUACGUCAACGUGACGGAAGAGUUCAUGCUAUACCAGAAAGCGAACAGGAGAACAGGACUGUUGGCUCUAAAUGUCACACAUCCCGAAUACGAUGAGAAAUCUAAUGGCACGCAGCAGAUGCCAAAAUGCUAUCAACGAUUCUGGCAGAUUCAUGUUGCGCCGGACUCAGCAUGA